CAAUAUGAAAACAUUCUUGAAUUAUGCUCUUAUAAAAAAAGUUCUGUUGCUCAGGAUUCUUUGUCAGCGCUCUCUAUAUAAGAGAUUAUUUCUCAAAUAUUUCACCCAAAAUCGCAUUAAGUUAAUUUAUCUAAUGGACUCUUUCAGAAAGUCCUUAAGAACCUAUUGUUCUCAAAUUAAGCAACAACAAAAUUACCCGGAACCUGAAGAAGAAAAACAAGCUCUCCUGGAUCACCAAAACAAUAGCCAAAUGUCACAGUCCGCUGGUUCUCCCAAUCAAAAAGAUGUAAUUCUUAACAUUGACGAUAAAUCUGAGAGUUCUUCUGAUACUAGUUCUAGCACAAAAAAAUUCAGCAGUAAAUUUUCAGGUUCAUCAAGCAAACUCAAAGUUUCCUUCGAAGAUAUAUUACAAAAAGCUGUCCGUCAAAGGAGGAGCCAGCAGGAUUCUGCAGAUUGGUCAACUAAUGAUAAUUUCCAAAGAAACUCUUGGAGAUCGCUUGUGAACAGGACAAAAUCAAGGUUGAUAGACCCACCGGAGGUUCAAUAUCAAAGAGCUGACGGAGCUUUUGAGAAGAACAGCAACCACGGCGAAGAAGACGAUGACAUGGAUGAUAAUUCAGAAGAAUAUAAGAAAAUAACUUUCAGUUUGUUGACGAUGUUUCCACCAGCUAUGCUUGUUUUGGUGACGACAGCUUUAGUCUGUACCCUUUCCAUCUCCCCAAUAAGGAAGCAAAAAUUAUGGGAUUUUCCACUCUGGAAAUGGGAAAUAUUGAUUUUAUCACUGAUCUGUGGUAAUUUGGUGUCAGGAUGGGGAACGAAAAUUGUCGUCAUCUUCAUUGAACACAAGUUCCUUUUCCGACAAAGGGUUUUAUACUUUGUUUACGGAUUGAGAAAGCCUGUUCAGAAUUGCUUGUGGUUAUGUUUGGUCCUGCUUGUCUGGCACUGGAUUUUUAAUAAUAAAGCAGACGAGAAUGAGAGUAAGAUCUUACAGUACGUGACCAAAAUUCUCGUGUGUUUGUUUGUCGGAACAUUUAUCUGGCUCUUGAAAACCCUAAUUGUCAAGGCUCUUGCUUCAUCAUUCCAUGUUAAUACGUUCUUCGACAGAAUCCAAGAGGCUCUAUUCGAUCAAUACGUAAUCGAAGCACUCUCAGGCCCGCCUCUGUAUGAAAGACAGAACGACCACAAGAAAAUUGGAAGGAGGCCCAGUUUUUCGAGGACAAUGUCGAAGAAGAAGGACGAUGAAGUUCCGAUAGAUCAACUGCAUAAUCUCAACCAUAAGAAUAUAUCAGCUUUACAUAUGCGGAGGAUGAUCAAUAUAGUUCGACAUGGAAGCUUGUCGACUUUGGACGAACAGAUACUGAAUUCAGACAUUGAAGAUGAAUCUUUGUCUCAUAUCAGAAGUGAAUGCCAGGCAAGAGAAGCUGCUAAAAAGAUAUUCCUGAAGGUGUCAAAAGCAGGAUCCCAAUAUAUUUUUGUUGAUGAUUUAAUGCGGUUUAUGGCUAAAGAAGAAGCUUUGAGAGCAAUGCGUCAGCUUGGAGCAGAAUGUGAGAAUGAAGGAAUAAGCAAGUCAUCUCUCAACACUUGGCUGGUUAAUGCAUUUAGAGAGCGACGCGCACUUGCAUUAUCUCUAAACGACACAAAAACAGCUGUGGAUGAGCUUCAUACUAUGUUGAACAUUUUGGUAGCAAUCAUCAUUGCCAUAAUCUGGCUCCUAAUACUUGGAGUUCCUAUUGCUCAUUUUCUAGUCUUGAUAAGCUCUCAGCUUCUCCUCGUAGCUUUCGUCUUUGGAAAUAGCUGCAAGACGACAUUUGAAGCUAUCAUUUUCUUGUUCGUAAUGCACCCUUUUGAUGUGGGUGAUUGCGUUGAAGUUGACGGAGUUAAGAUGGUAGUUGAAGAAAUGAACAUAUUAACUACAGUUUUCCUGAGGGCUGAUAACCAGAAGAUCACAUAUCCCAACAAUGUUUUAGCUACCAAACCUAUUGGUAAUUUCUACAGGAGCCCACAUUUGAAUGAGACAAUUGAUUUCAGUAUCCACAUUUCCACUCCAAUGGAGAAGAUUGAUAUCAUGAAAGACAAAAUCAAAGAGUAUGUUGAAGGAAAUAGCGAGCAGUGGCAUCCAAAUCCAAAGAUAUUUAUAAAGGAUGUAGAGGAUAUGAACAAAAUGGACAUGUCACUUUGGGUUUCACACACAAUUAACUAUCAGAGGUCGGUGGAGAGAUGGAGCCGGAGAUCACUGCUGCUGCAAGAAAUGAUCAAAGUUUUUAAAGAGCUCGAGAUUGAGUAUCGCCUGCUACCUCUCGAUGUCAAUGUACGAAACUUGCCACCCUUGGUUUCUGAUAGACUUCCUUCAAAUUGGUCCUCUUGUGCAACCUAAUAUCAAACAUGUAAAAUUUUAAAAUCCUCCUAAUAAUAACACAAGCAUCAUUGUGAUUUGUGGAGGCCUUCUAAAAUAAAAGGCUUGGGGACAAUGUAAGAAUAAAACAUGUAAAUGGUUUUAAAUUUUAUAGAGUAGAAGAAUAUAUGAAUAAUUGUGUAUGAUUUCAAAUCCAGUUAGAGUUAUGUUCAAUUA